AUGGCCCUGCCGCUUGCGCAUGCUCCGGCAGCAGCAGCAGCGAUAGGGGACCAAUCCGCAGCAACGGCCUUGCCUGCGGCCUUGAUAGGUACCUCGACAGGAGGGGGGAGUACACCAACACAACCAACUGCCACACACGAGCAGUACGAGCUUUCCGACUACUCAAACAUCCGGGCGCGCCAGGAGCUCCAGGAGAAAGAGGCGAGGCGAGCUACAAAGUACACCGCGAAGCUCGCUGAGCUCGAGGAGGCAUUCGAGAUGAAAUUCGCUCAUUCUAUCCAGUUCAAUGCUGUUCCGGAUUGGACCAGCCACUACAUCGCAUACAGCAGCCUCAAGAAGCUGAUCUACCAGCUCGAGAAGACUGUUCACCAGUCUAGCGCACAGAAUGGUGACGCCGAAUCGAGACCUCUGAUGCCGUCAGAGGACCCGGACGCCGUGUUCAAGCGCGCUCUAGACGUUGAGCUCGAGAAGAUCAGCUCCUUCUACCAGCUCAAAGAGGGAGAGCUCGUCGACGACGUGAACGCCCUCCUGCGCGACAUCGGCGACUUCGAGUCGGAGGAGGACGAGGAGGACAAUGGCAGGCCCGCGACGCGGAGUAACGGGGGGCCAAGCCGGCAGAUGGAUCGGAGCCGACAAGGCCGCCGCGGGAGUGCGCACAGCCAGCACUCCACGGAGGAUGGCGUCGAGGACAGUGACGACGAGGAGGACGGUGACGAGACCACGGCGCUCACUGCGCCCACCUCUCGGAAACGCCGCGUGAGCUUGCUCGGCGGGCGGCGGAGGUCGUUGGCCGGGCCUGCAACCGACAUGACGGCGUCCACGGAACUGACCAAGUCGAGGCGGCUGAGUCUAGGCUACGACGACUACGAGCAGGCUGUAGUCUAUUCGGGCGGUAUCAUGCUGAAGAAGCGCAUCAUCUCCCUCUACGUGCAGCUGUGCGAGCUCAAGAGCUACGUCCAGCUGAACAAGACGGGCUUCAGGAAGGUGCUCAAGAAGUUCGACAAGAUCCUCGACCGCAAUUACAGACCUGUAUACAUGGACAAGUACGUCGAGCCGGCGUACCCCUUCCAGCACGCCACGAUGAGGGGGCUCGAGGAGACCAUCUCCAAGAUGGAAAAGGCCUAUACGGAUAUCGUGACGAAUGGUGACUACGAGGCCGCCAAGAAGGACCUGCGGUCGCACCUUAGGGAGCACGUCGUGUGGGAGCGGAAUACGGUGUGGAGAGAUCUCAUCGGCAUAGAAAGGCGGGCCGAGGCGGCCAGUCUGGGCCAGACUCUGCUGGGCACCGGCGGCAAGCCGCUGAAGACGCGACUGCAGGGAGACGAUGAGCAGUUUCCUGAUACUAAGGAGAUCUCGACGCCCAUCGGCAGGUUCACGUGUCCGGUAUGGCUAUUCAGUUCGGGCAUGUUCUUCCUGCUCUCUGCCCUGGUCGUCUUCUUCGUCAUGCUGUUCAUCCCGAUCAUGUCCAAACCCGAGCAGCAGAAUUGCCUGGCCAUGUUGGUCUUUGUCAGUUUACUGUGGGCCACAGAGGCGAUACCCCUAUUUGUGACGUCCCUAAUCAUCCCGUUCCUUUGCGUCGUCCUCAAUGUGGUCGUAUCAGAGAGUCGGCCGAAAGAGAGGCUUAAUUCCAAGGAGGCUACGGCAUACAUCUUCGCCGCAAUGUGGACUCCGGUCAUCAUGCUGCUGAUCGGCGGCUUCACGCUCGCCGCCGCCCUGUCCAAAUGCAAGAUCGACAAGCGCAUCGCUACGUUUGUACUCAGCAAGGCGGGCACGAAGCCGAGCACGGUCAUCCUCGCGAACAUGUUAGUCGCUGCAUUCGCCAGCAUGCUGGUCAGCAACGUUGCAGCUCCUGUUCUGUGCAUCUCUAUCAUCGAGCCCAUGCUACGGAAUCUUCCCUCAGACUCGAAUAUGUGCAAGGCCCUGCUCAUGGGCAUCGCCCUUGCAUCCAACAUCGGCGGCAUGCUCAGCCCUAUCGCAUCCCCACAGAACGUCGUCGCCAUGGGAAUCAUGGUGCCGGAGCCGGGGUGGGGCCAGUGGUUCUUCAUCGUGAUCCCCGUUGGCAUCAUCUCCAUUGUGCUCAUCUGGAUCUUGCUGCUGGUGACCUUCCACCCCGGCCGAGGGACCACAAUCGUGCCCAUCCGCGAGCACAAGGAACAGUUCACAGGUGUCCAGUGGUUUGUGACCAUCGUUACGAUCGCCACUAUAGCGUUGUGGUGCGCGAGUCACCAGCUCGAGGGUGUCUUUGGCGACAUGGGUGUCAUUGCGAUCAUCCCUAUUGUGUUAUUCUUCGGAGUCGGCAUCCUGACAAAGGAGGACUUCAACAAUUUCCCAUGGACCAUCAUCAUUCUCGCCGCCGGUGGUCUGUCCCUCGGCAAGGCGGUCAAAUCGUCUGGCCUGCUUGACACGGUCGCGAUAGCUAUCUCCCACCGCGUCGACGGCAUGAGUUUGUACGGCGUGCUGGUCGUGUUUUCGUGCCUCAUCCUGGUCAUCGCCACGUUUAUUUCGCACACCGUGGCAGCGCUGAUCAUCCUGCCUCUGGUGUAUGACGUGGGCGCGAGCAUGGAGGAGCCGCAUCCGAACCUGCUGGUUAUGGCUGGCGUGCUAAUGUGCUCUGCGGCGAUGGCUCUGCCGACGAGCGGGUUCCCCAAUAUGACUGCCAUCAUGAAAGAGGACGCCACGGGCCAGAGAUACCUCCAGGUAAAGCACUUCAUCAGCAGGGGCGUGCCGAGCAGUCUAAUCACGCUUGUCGUGGUGGUGACGCUUGGGUACGGGGCGAUGAGAGCCAGUGGCAUGUGA